AUGGGGUUUGCUUUGCUGGGUUCCAUUUUGAUUCUAACACUUUUCUUGAAGUCAAACCUUGGUCAACAACAAGAACAGUUAAUACCCAAUACAGAUGAGUUCUUCAUCUCUAGUUUCUUUGAAAAAAUGGGUAGAAAUUCUUCAUCUCCUCAUGUUUUCAAUCCAUCUUCAUCUGUUUGUUCAUGGCAGUUUGUAUUUUGUGAUGCUAAACAACAAAAUGUCAUUGGUCUUGUUGCUCCUAAUUUGGGACUCACUGGUCCAAUUCCCGAUAACACCGUUGGCAAACUCAAAAAGCUUCAAAUUCUCGAUUUAAACAGUAAUCAAAUCACUGAUUUCUCAUCCGAUUUUUGGAGUCUGAUUUCACUCAAAACGCUCAAUCUUUCAAACAACAAAUUCUCCGUUAAUCUCCCAUCUAACAUUGACAACUUUGAAUCGCUCGAAAAACUUGACCUUUCUUUCAACAAUUUCUCCGGGAGUCUCCCUGAUUCUUUCGAUUCUCUUCCCAGUUUACAAGUUCUUAAUCUCAAUCGAAAUCAGUUCGAAUCCAUCGUUCCAUUAGGGAUCAUACGUUGCCACUCGUUGAUAUCCAUCGACUUUUCUAUGAACAGUUUCCAUGGGAGUCUUCCUGAUGGUUUUGACACUGCAUUUCCGAAGCUCAAAAGCUUAAAUCUUGCUGGAAAUGGAAUCAGAGGAAGGGGUUCGGAUUUUUCAAAGAUGGUUUCUUUAACUUAUUUGAAUAUUUCCAAGAAUCUUUUCACGGGUGCUGUUGUUGAAAUCUUUAAAGGGCCAUUAGAGGUGGUUGAUUUAAGUAGUAAUCAUUUCGAAGGUCAUAUUUCUCAGGUAAAUUUCAGUUCUUCCUUCGAUUGGUCUCGUUUAGUUCAUCUUGAUUUGUCCGAUAACCAGAUUAGCGGAAUGUUUUUCAGUAAUUUAAGUCAAGCUCAUAAUCUCAAACACCUUAAUCUCGCGAAGAACAGAUUUUCGAAACAAAGUUUCAUCCACAUCGAUGAACUCCAUAGUUUAGAGUACCUUAACUUGUCAAAAACCAAUUUAGCCAAUCGAAUUGGUGAUGGGAUUUCGAAGUUAAAUCAUUUAAAAACACUCGAUCUUUCAAGUAAUCAUCUUUCUGGUAAACUCCCACUUCUAAGCUUCAAAACCCUCCAAAAUCUCGAUCUUUCAAACAAUAACUUAACGGGAGACAUACCGUUAUCUCUCUUGCAAAAACUUCCAUGGAUGGAAAGAUUCAACUUCUCUUACAACAACUUAACCCUUUGUGAUUCAGAGUUUUCACUCGAAACCCUUCAAACAGCGUUCAUCGGGUCAUCAAAUGGUUGCCCAAUCGCUGCAAAUCCGACCCUUUUCAGAAGAAAAAUCCAUAGACAUAGAGGACUCAAGCUCGCCUUGGGUUUAGCCAUCACUUUAAUCUGCUUGCUCGUCGGUUUGCUACUCUGUGCUUUCGGUUGUCGGAAAAAAACGCGAAUGUGGGAUGUUAAACAAGAAUCUUACACUGAAAAAUGUGCAAUUUCUGGGCCAUUUUCAUUCAGAACGGAUUCAACCACUUGGGUAGCAGAUGUAAAGAUUGCAUCUUUAGUCCCUGUUGUGAUCUUCGAGAAGCCAUUGUUGAAUUUUACAUUCUCGGAUCUUUUAUCAGCUACUUCAAAUUUCGACAGGGAUACCCUUUUGGCCGAAGGGCAAUUCGGACCGGUUUAUAGAGGGGUUUUGGGAGGUGGGGUUCAUGUCGCGAUUAAGGUUUUAGUCCAUGGUUCCACCAUGACUGACCAAGAAGCUGCAACAGAGCUCGAGUAUCUCGGACGAAUCAAACACCCGAAUCUUGUUCCUUUGAUGGGAUACUGUUUGGCCGGAGAACAACGAAUCGCGAUUUAUGAUUACAUGGAGAACGGAAACUUGCAUAAUUUGCUUUACGAUCUUCCUCUUGGAGUUCAAGUGACUGAAGAUUGGAGUACAGAUACAUGGGAAGAAACAGAAACCGAUGAAAACGGGAUCCAAAACGUGGGUUCGGAAGCGCUGUUGAUCACAUGGCGGUUCCGGCACAAGAUCGCCCUAGGCACCGCCCGUGCCUUGGCGUUCCUCCACCACGGAUGCUCACCGCCGAUUAUUCAUCGAGACGUUAAAGCGAGUAGUGUUUAUCUCGAUUAUAAUCUUGAACCCAGAUUAUCGGACUUUGGGCUCGCUAAAAUCUUCGGCAACGGUGUUUCUGAUGAGACCGGUCGUGGGUCUACCGGAUACUCGCCGCCGGAGGCCACCGUCAGUCCAAAAUCCGAUGUGUAUGGAUUUGGGGUGAUUCUUCUUGAGUUAAUCACGGGGAAGAAGCCUGUGGGGGAUGAAUAUCCAGAUGAAGAUAACUUGAAAGCACCAGGGUUAGUUGAUUGGGUUAGAGGACUUGUGAGGAUGAACCAUGGUUCGAUAGCCAUAGAUCCCAAGAUGCGAGGCGUCGGUGAUGAGGGUCAGAUGGUGGAGGGGUUAAAGAUUGGGUAUCUGUGCACGGCGGAUGUUCCGGCGAAGCGGCCAAGCAUGCAACAAGUUGUUGGACUUCUUAAGGAUAUUGAACCGAAGUGA